AUGGCUGAAAUUGUUGUUUCCGCCUUCUUUUCAUUGUUCUUUGAUAAGCUGGCCUCUGAAGCUUUGAACAAGAUUGCUCGUGCCAAGGGAAUUGAGUCCGAGCUCAAGAGACUGAAGAGGUCACUAAUCCAGAUCAAAAAUCUCCUUUAUGAUGCUUCUCGGAAGGAGCUGACCGAUGAAGCUGUAAAAGAAUGGCUGAAUGGUCUCCAACAUUUGGCUUACGACAUAGACGAUGUACUUGAUGAUCUGGCUACCCAAGCUAUGGAAAGUCAGCUAACUGAGAAAUCUGGAUCCACCAGCAGCAAGGUAAGAAAGCUAAUCCCAACUUGCUGCACAAAUUUCUCAUUAAGUUAUAGGAUGCAUGCCAAGUUAGAUGAUAUAGGCACCAAGUUACAAGAACUGAUAGAGGCAAAAAAUAAUUUUGGUUUGAGUGUGAUAACAAAUGAAAACCCAAAAAUUGAAAGAUAUGAAGCCAGUUUGGUAGAUGAACGCGGUAUAAUUGGACGUGAAGGUGAUAAGAAGGCAUUGGUUGAAAACUUGUUAGGGGGCAAAAAUGAAUCGUCUAAUCAAAACUUUAGCAUCGUGCCCAUAGUUGGUAUGGGUGGUGUAGGUAAAACAACUUUAGCUAGGCUUUUAUAUGAUGAAAAGGAAGUGAAGGAUCACUUUGAGGUCAGGGCUUGGGUUUGUGUUUCUGAUGAGUUUGAUAUUUCUAAUAUAAGCAAAGUCAUUUAUCAAUCUGUGACCGGGGAAACCAAGGAAUUCACAGAUUUAAAUUUGCUUCAAGAAGCUCUUAGACAGAAACUUAAGGACAAGCUAUUUCUAAUAGUGUUAGAUGAUGUAUGGUCCGAAAGCUAUGAUGAUUGGGAUAAGUUAGUGGGCCCAUUUCUUGCGGGGUCUCCUGGAAGUAGAAUUAUUAUGACAACUCGGAAAGAGCAGUUGCUUAGAAAGUUGGGUUACCCUCAUGUAGAUCCACUACGGAGUCUAACACAUGGUGAUGCUAUGUGUUUAUUUUCUCAACAUGCAUUAGGUGUAGAUAACUUUGAUUCACAUCCAACACUUAAACCCUAUGGUGAAGGGUUUGUGAAAAAAUGUGAUGGCUUGCCAUUAGCUUUAAGAGCACUUGGACGGUUAUUGAGGACGAAAAAAGAUGAGGAAGAAUGGAAGGUGUUGUUUGAUAGUGAGAUUUGGAGGUUAGGAAAUGGAGAUGAGAUAAUUCCGGCUCUUAGACUGAGCUACAAUGAUCUUUCUGCCUCUUUGAAGCAGUUAUUUGCAUACUGCUCCUUGUUCCCCAAGGACUAUUUGUUCGAUAAGGAAGAGCUGAUUCUGUUGUGGAUGGCCGAAGGGUUUUUGCACCACUCUACUACAAGCAAGUCCAUGCAACGCUUGGGUCUCGAAUAUUUUGAAGAGCUGCUGUCAAGAUCGUUUUUUCAACAUUCGUCUGACGACGAAUCGUUGUUUGUGAUGCAUGACCUAAUGAAUGACUUGGCCAUGUCUGUUGCUGGAGAAUUUUUUUUAAGGUUAGAUAUUAAUAUGGAGUAUUGCAGGAAGGAAGUUUUGCAAAAGCACCGCCAUAUGUCAUUUAUUUGUGAGGAGUACAUGGCUUACGAAAGGCUCAAGCCACUCAAAGGAGCUAAAAGUUUGAGAACAUUUUUAGCGUUGUCUGUUGGGGUGGUAGCAAGUUGGAAGACGUUUUACUUAUCAAAUAAGGUCUUGAAUGACUUACUUCAGGAGUUACCAUUGUUAAGGGUCCUAAGUUUCACUAAUCUUAGCAUAAGCGAGUUACCAGAAGUCGUUGGGAGUAUGAAGCACUUGCGGUAUCUUAAUCUAUCUAACACUGAAAUAAAACAUUUACCGGAAAAUGUGUGCAAUCUUUAUAAUUUACAGACGUUGAUUGUUUUUGGCUGUAAGUAUUUAGUUAAGUUGCCUGAGCGCUUCUCAAAGCUUAAAAAUUUGCAGCAUUUUGACAUAAGGGAUACUCCGCUUUUGAAGAAGAUGCCCUUAGGGAUUGGUGAAUUGACAAGUUUACAGACUCUCUCCAAGAUCAUUAUUGGAGGUGAAUCCGGCUUCACAAUAACCAAGCUUAAGAACUUGCAAAAUCUCCAUGGGAAUGUUUUUAUUGAGGGGCUGGGAAAUGUGGAAAAUGAAAUGGACGCACGUGAGGCGAACUUCUCGCAGAAAAGGCUUACUGAGUUAGUGUUGGAUUGGGGUUCUGAGUUUAAUGUUUUUCGAACGGAAACUCAUGAAAUGGAGAUCCUCAAUGAGCUGAAGCCUCAUAAUGGCACUCUAGAAAAACUCGGAAUUGAGUCAUAUAGAGGUAUAGAGUUUCCAAAUUGGGUUGGGGAUCCCUCCUUUCGUCGAUUGACUAGAGUGUCGAUAGAUGGCUGUGAAGAAUGUACCUCUCUACCAAGACUUGGGCAAUUACCAUCACUAAAGGAGCUGUUUAUUGGUAAGGUGAGUAAGGUGAAGGUUGUAGGUUUGGAGUUACUUGGGACUGGUUGUGCAUUCCCUUCAUUAGAAAUUCUAAGUUUUGAGGAUAUGGAGGGGUGGGAGGUAUGGUCAUCAAAUAGUUGGGCGUUUCCUUGCCUUCAAGAGCUUCGUAUUGAAGCUUGUCCUAAUCUGGUUCAGUUCUCACUUGAAACACUGCCUUCACUAAGGAUUCUGAAACUAAGAAAAUGUGGUCAUGAUGUAUUGAAAAGCCUGGUUGAUGUAGCUUCAUCAAUCACCAAGUUGGAAAUAGAUGAUAUUUCAGGGCUUACCGACGAACUGUGGAGAGGCGUGAAAGGGUAUCUUGGGGCAGUUGAAGAAAUAAGAAUCAGAGGGUGUGAUGAAAUAAGAUACUUGUGGGAAUCAGAAGCACAAGCAAGUAAGGUUCUUAUGAAUUUAAAGAAGUUGGAGUUAAGAGACUGUGAAAAUUUGGUUCGUUUAAGGGAGAAAGAGGAGGAUAAUAGUUGGAGCAGCCUAACAUCUUUUAGGUGGUUGAGAGUAUGGGAUUGUAAAAGCUUGGAGCAUUGCAGUUGUCCCCAGAGCAUGGAGGCUUUGAAUAUUCAACGUUGUGAUUCAAUUACAUCCGUCUCCUUCCCAACAGGAGGGCAGAAGCUCAAGUCACUUACCAUUUGGGAUUGUAAGAAACUACUGGAAAAGGAGAUGGGAGGAGGAGAGAAGACUGGGGGGCUUAUCAACUCAAACAAGCGGAUGCUUGUAUCAGUUGAUAUACAUAAUUGGCCAAAUCUGAAGUCAUUUAAUGAACUGAAUUGUUUCAUUUACCUCACCAUGUUGACAAUAUCAGAGUGUCCAAGUAUGGAGUCGUUUCCCGACCAUGAGUUGCCGAAUCUUUCCUCUUUAACACAUCUAGAGAUACAAAAGUGUACAAGUAUGAAUGCUUCCUUUCCUCGUGGGCUGUGGCCACCGAAAUUGUGUUUACUUAAUAUAGGAGGGUUGAGGAAGCCCAUCUCAGAGUGGGGCCCACAGAAUUUCCCAACCUCGCUUGUUAACCUAAUAUUACAUGGCGGACCAUAUGAUGAUGUGAAAAACUUUGAUCAAUGUUCCCAUCUUUUACCUUCAUCUCUUACUGUUCUUUGCAUUGAUGGAUUUGAGAAACUGGAAUCGGUUUCAACGGGACUGAAACACCUCACCUCCCUCCAACGUCUCUUCAUUGAGAACUGCCCCAAGACGAUAGAUUUACCAGAGAAGUUGUUGCCUUCACUUAUGUUAUUGUGUAUAGAAGGAUGCCCAAAUCUGAAAGAAAGGACCGAUACUUACAAAAUGACUAGGAAGGUGUACACUUACAGCCAAGCAAUAAAAGAUCAAAGCAUCUUUUCAGUCAUUCAAACUACGCUCAACCUCUUCAUAACCUGGAUUUGCAAAGUUGUUUUGCUUUUACAAAACCUUUUAAAGACUUGAUUCAACCCAAAUAGAAAGAGAACUUCUGGUUUUCAUCAAGGGACAUCCUAUGAAGUAUGGUCAUCGAAUCAUUAACACCACAUUUGUUUGUAUGGAAAGACUACCUUUGAGAGUUAGAUUGAAAACAAAACAAAAACAGAUAACUCCAUCUCCUCUUCCAAGAAGUUGAAAACAGAGUCCAUGUAACUUUGACUUUCAUUAAAUGAUGUAUAACUUUAAUAAGUCUUCUUGCUUCUGAAAAUAUUAUUUGCCACAGACAAAAUGCACUCUGAAUUAUGCUUUUUAAUUUAUGACUAGCUUUAAUUUUGGGCUGUUUCCUCUCUAGAUUAUUGUAUACUUUCUUUGGACAAACGAACUUCCAUAUUUACUAAUCUAAGUCUAUUGUAGACACCAGAUUGCUGUUUAAUUGGGAGUGAUGUCCUUUGGCGACUUCCUCCUGUAAAAUUGCAAUCCUUUUUAAGGUGUAUAAAAGACUAGAUUAUAUUAAAUUAUUAAUGACAAUGCAACAAC